AUGACUAAUGAUCGACAAUGCGAUGCUAUGGAUAAGAAAUUGCACACGGAAAUGGCAGGUAUGGAUGACGAUGAACGGUUGCAAUAUAUAAAUAAAUUGAAUACAGUUGUCUUCGAUGAAAUUAUUCAAAAGAAAAAUGGUGAACCAUCGAAAUGGCAAAGUUUUUGGGAACAAGAUGAAAAUGAUAUUGAGCAUUGGUCAAAACAAGAAAUAAGCGAAGAUCCAGUUAAAGGCCUUCUGACAGCUGUUGAAGACGGUGAUCUUUUACGUGUUCAAGAAUAUAUUAAUCAAGACAAAUCACUUCUUCAUGCUUGUGAUAACGAUGGCUAUACAGCAUUGCAUCGUUCAGCUAGUGGUAAUCAUUUGGAAAUUUGCCAAUAUUUACUUGAAUCGGGCGCAGACAUUCAUGCAUUAACAAUUGAUAAAUGGAAUCCUUUGCAUUGUGCAGCAUUUUGGAAUAAUUAUGAAAUCGGAUCAUUGCUUAUACAAAACGGUAUCGAUAUAAAUGCUCAAACAAAUGGUGGGCAAACACCGUUACAUUUAGCUGCAUCACAAAGUAAUAAUCGUCAAAUAAUACAAUUACUCCUUAUGCAUCCAUUUAUUAAUGUAAACAUUCAAAAUAAAUUAAACGAAACAGCUAUGACAAUUGCAAAACGCUCAAGUUCAGUUCAUUGUCUAUUCGAUCUAUAUACCGAUGCGUUAAUGAAACUUAAAUAA